CAAAGAUCUGUUCGCAUGUUUACAUUACCAAAGUUUGCAAAACAAGCACCUUGUUUGUCCUGUUUGUCAAUGUACGGAUUUGAAAUUUGUGUCAAAAGAAGUUUCUUUUCGAUUUUGACGAUAUAUUAACGUGUGUGCAAUCAGUUAAGUUUACAAUACUGUGAUGAUGGACGACGAAUAUGACGAUGACAUUGACAAUGACAGAGGCUGGUAUGAUGACACCAAUAUGGACCACGAUUCCAAUUCACCUCUGGCUGAGGACCUUGAAAUGAGGAAUGCCCAGAUCCAAGCAGAAUGUCUAGAGAAGUUCAGUAGUCAGGAUUUUAUCAUGGAACCUGAAAUUUUUGUUCAGUUGAAAAGAUAUUUCCAGUCUGGUGGUAAUCCAGAACAGGUAGUUGACCUAUUAUCCGAAAAUUAUCAUGCCAUUGCUCAAACUGCCAAUUUGUUAGCAGAAUGGUUAAUUUUGGCUGGUAUGAAGAUUUCUGAAGUACAAGCUCUUGUAGAAGAUCACUUACGUGAAGUGAUCAUUCGGCAUUUUGAUCCUAAGAAAGCAGAUUCGAUCUUUACUGAAGAAGGAGACACACCCAGCUGGUUGACCGAGAUGAUCGAACAUCACACAUGGCGCUCGCUCAUUUAUAAACUAGCUGAAGACUAUCCUGACUGCCUCAUGUUGAACUUCACCAUCAAACUUAUUUCGGAUGCAGGAUUCCAGGGUGAAAUUACGAGCAUUUCUACAGCUUCCCAACAACUUGAAGUAUUUUCCAGAAUUUUGAAAACAUCAAUUGCAAAUUUUUUAGAAGGUGGAGAAGAGGAGCUUCAUAAGAAUUUGCACGAGUUUACAAGAAUGGUAUGUCAUGGAGAGCACACAUACCUCUACAGUCAGACACUGUUGCAUUUGUUGGCCCAGGAACCGCGAGGGGGCUCAAAUAUAAAACGUCUUUCACAAGAAACCAGCAAAUAUGUUCAAGGAACAGAGCAUGAUGCAACUCCCAUCACGAUGGCUUUGAAUGGAGCGGCUGCUGUUCCUCGUGCUUGCCAGGCUCUUUCAGCAAUGCUGAGCAAAAAUGCCCUGAACCCGGCCGAUAUCACGAUUCUCUUCAAGAUGUAUCAAGCUACUGAACCACCUCCAGUUGAACUGAUUCGAGUGCCUCAAUUUCUCGACCUGCUCAUGGAUUCUCUUUUCAAACCAGGAACAAAGAUCAAUCCGGAGCAUAAGCCAAAAUAUAUUUAUCUUCUUGCUUAUGCUGUUAGCAUUCAUGAAACAUAUAAAAAAAUGGUGAGAAAGGGCGUUAUCAAGGAAGAGCUCAAAGCGACAACACAAGCUAUCGAAAAGGUUCAUAUGAUCUGCAAUGAGAAAAAAGGUUCAUCAGAGCUCAUUCCAGAGUUGGGUACCUUAUACAAUUGCAUCAGGUUUCCAGUUGUUGCACUCGGAGUGGUGAGGUGGGUGGAUUUCACCGUCUCUGAGAAAAGUUACUUCAAACUCUCGACAGAGCACACUCCAUUGCACCUGGCCCUCUUGGAUGAAGUGGCCACCUUGCACAACACUCUCCACCAGAAGGUCUUAGACCUGCUGAUCAGGCUUUUCGAGAUGCCACAGGAAGACUUGGACGUACUGGUGCAACUGGAGAUGAAGAAAAUGCUUUUGGAUAGAAUGGUGCAUUUAUUGAGUCGUGGCUGUGCCGUGUCGGUCGUGAACUACAUCAAGACUUGUUGGCAACGGCAAGAUACUGAUAUAUCCCUGAUUCGGUACUUCGUCACUGAGGUUCUGGAUAUUAUUGCUCCGCCCUACACAGCGGAAUUCGUGAAUCUGUUUUUGCCUCUGGUGGAGAAUGAAGAAAUCAGAGGUACUGUGAGACCUGAAGGUGAAAAUGACCCUGUUUCAGAAUUCAUCAUGCUUUGUAAAUCAAAUUAUCUCAUGCAGAAUUAAAAGUGCAAUUGCUUUUUUAUUUUUGUUAUUUCUUUUUUUGUACUGCUUUAAUAUUUUCUCAUGUGUAUUGGUGUAAUGUAUAAAUGUUCCUUUUAA